GCCGCGCGUGCCCCGUGAGGCCCCGCGGCGCGGCCAUGGCGGAGCGGGACGGGCCCGGCAGCGCUGGACGGGCGGCGGGCGGCGGGAAGAUGUCCCUGCACAGGUGUGAAACCUGUAGCAAAGAAGCAGCUAAGUACAGAUGUCCACGAUGCAUGAAAUAUUCGUGCAGCCUGUUGUGUGUAAAGAAACAUAAGCUUGCACUGAGCUGUAAUGGAGUCAGGGAUAAAACAGCGUUUGUCUCUGUAAAUGAAUUUACUGACUUGAACCUUCUGAGUGAUUAUCGUUUCCUGGAAGAUGUAGGAAGGACAGCUGAUGCUGCUGCUCGACAUUGUAUUGUGCAUAAUCCAGCAACAAAAAGACUUUUAUACUGCUUAAGGAACAAAGCUCGAGGGUGUAAUAUUGAGCUAAAAACACUGCCUGUUGGAUUUACAAAAAGAAGAGAAAAUUCUACCAUCUUCAAUUCCGUGGAGAACAAGUUCUACUGGCAUUUGAAGCUCGUAUUUCCUCACUGUCAUGCUGAAUACACUUUAAAAGGGGUGCCUGAUGAUAAAACACUUGCUGAUAUCCUCAAGCCAUACAUUGAUCCAGUGGAGUCAGAUCCUGUAGUUUGUCAAAGAUUAAAAAUCUAUACGGCAUCUCCUCUAUCAGAUGUACGAAUUUUAAUGAAAAUAGAAAACAGGAACCGAAAUUCUAUCAGGUACAAUGAACUGGAUGCCAGUAGAAGCCUUCUAGACAAUCUGAAAGGCAAAGUAAUAAUUGAGUAUCCAACAUUAUUUGUGGUCUUGAAAACACUGAAGAAUGACAUGGUGGUUCUUGGCCAAGAUGGCAGUGAGCCUGCAGAGAACUCAGACAGUUAAAGCUCAUCCCUUUCAUCUGUGGAAGAAGGGGAGCAUUCGGGGCAGUUUAUGACAGUUCUUUAAGAGAAGAGGAUGGAAUGAGCUUUUAUUUUUUUUAUUAUUUAAUUAAAUUUUUUUAAUACAACUAAGUUCCUAGAGCUUCCUUUACUAAAAGUAGCACUCUCAAAGUGCUUGACUAUUUUUGGAUUUAAUAAUGCAUAUUUAGGGAUGUAAAUAAAAAGAUGGGGAAUUGUGGUUUCAAAAAAAAGAAAUACUCUCAUUUCAUUGCAGUCUUUAAUUGCACCAUUGUUUUUCCUUUUUCCCUAACCAGCUCAGUGCCAAAUUUUUGGGUUUAAAUACCUGAUCGCAUAUUUGUAUUUAUACAUGUAUGUGAGUCUUAAUGCUUAAAUUUACUGGAAGAAAAGUACAAUUUUUUCAUUAGAUCAAUUUCCUUUUACAGUGUUUCUGUGUAAAACUGAGCUGCUACAUAGUUUCAUGUUAUUUUUGAUCUUCCCUGGUGACAUUUUGGGUGCUUGAUGCAAUACUUUUUUUUUUUGUUCCUUACUUAGUAGCAUCUUGUUUCAUGUGUUAAUGGACAGGUCAAACUGUGUUUUCAGGAUGGCAUGUUGCAGUGUGUUCAGUCUUCUCUCCAGAUCUUCUAAAUUGGCAUGGGUUUUUAAAUCCAUAGAAAUGGGUGCAUAGACUGGCACUAAUGGAAAUAACACUGGACUUCUAUAGAAUGCUUGUGUUAUGCAUCUCAUAUUUCUAGUACCUACUGAAGUUAGGUAUUGUAAAUACUUACUGGCAUAUCAGCUAAAUUUAGCUACUUAAAAACAAAUAAAUCGUAAAG